UCCAUUCCCACACUUGAUCCUCUUAUCAAUUCCUACCGUUCGCCCCGCCAUCCAGCAGAAAGGAGAUAACGAGGGAGAGCUUGGAGAGCUACUCAUUUCCGUCUCCCCCCCCUUUUGCUUCCUCGCUGACAAGCGAUUGCGGCAUACGUGACCGUGCAUCGGAUCGGACAACAUAUCGACGUGGCAUUCCAAUCCGUGUCCAAGUGGUGCGACCGACCGCGUCCCUUCGUCAUUCCAGGCCCCAUCCCUUCCCACCUACUGUCCAGUCACCUUCGAUCCCAACAAUGCUCCGUGACCCCGAGCACCCGUCAACUACAGCCACGCCUGCUGGUAUCGACAAUCCCGAACUGGCCUCGACAGCGGUCACGCUGACCGGAAAUGAGGAUGGUUGUCAGCCUUACAUUGACAAUCAACCCGCCCACCAGAGUACCCCUGUAACUUUAUUAGCACAGAGCUCGGAUGCGUUACCCCCACUACCGCCGAAACAAUAUCCUUCGCACCCCUCUCACCGUCGGGCAAACACCGAGAUUAUACCGCGGCAAGCCCCUCUGCCGUCCAGGAAGCUCUUCCCCGAUCAACCCAAAACCUUCGAAGACCUGGACUCUAGCACCAACCACUCAAACACCCCGGUCGAGAACACCGCCAGAAGAAGACUCGAAGAAGGCGCGAAACGAUUGUCGGGUUGGUUCCAAGGAAAGUCAGAACCUGUCAACCUGGGAGUAGUGUAUCAGUCAGGAGAGCAGGACUCAGUGGCAACGGAUGACAUGGAGAGACGAGCCAGUCGCGACUACUAUGGGUCGUCCAGCGCCCCAACGGUCCUCUCGAACCGAGCCCAGAAGCGGAUGACUGCGCCAUCGCCUCUGAAGCAAGUCACCUCAUCGAAUCCUUUCUCGUUCUUCGGGUUGAAGCGACAAGGGGAUAGCAGAUUGGAGCUUCCCGAACCCGCGCAGGACGAGUUUUUGAACCUCGAUAUUAACGCCGCGCUGUUCCCUCCUGGGUUCAGUAAUCUGGAAGGUCGGGAAGCUUUUGACGCUCUGCGACACAAUGCAGAUACGGUGCUUAGGCGGCUGCAGGCCGCGUACAAACAAAGGACAUUCGCUUUGCAUGAAGCCUUGGCAGACAAGAACGAGAAGCAAGAGGAGCUCGAGGUAACCCGGACGCGCAUAGGAAACCUCAAGGUCCAGUUAGAUGGGAUGGCCGAGAAGGUCAUCCAGCAAGAGAAAGCCAUCAAGGCUAUGGCGGAAGAGCUGGAGCACGAAAGGCAAUUACGUCGCCGUGAGGAGGAGGCGCGUCUACGCAGCGUCAUGCUCGUCCGGCCGAGCGACGAUGACAGUGCAUCCGACCUGGGGGCGGAGCUUCAGACUCCCAAGCGGAGCCUCAAGCGAGCCAGUAAUGGAACGUUUACAAGCGACUCCGGCUUCGACUCCGGAGAUGAGAGCCUUGCAGAAAGUGUGUUCUCCCGCCGCGAAGGGCUCGAGUCUCCGGCUUCGACGGUCGCGCCAUCCCCCAACAUCUCGCAAAUCACCUUGUCUACUCCUACUCCAACUACUGCCGUGCAGCCGAGCCAGAAAGAAACCAAACCCGCACCGGCACCAGUAUCAGUACCGACACUGGCGCCGGCGCCGACUCCAGCGCGACAAUCCACCUAUGAUCGGGUUCUUAAAGGGCUGACACCCAAGAGCAUUGCCAACUCGUGGACCAACAGCUCCAAGUGUAAUAUCUGCCAUGGAGUCCCUGCUUCUGAAGCGUGGAGUGUGAUGGGGAUAUUGAAAGAGGAGAAUAAGGGACUGAAAGAGCGACUCGGGGAGUUGGAGAAUGUGAUUGACGAUUGUCUUUGUCUUGUUGGGCCCUAACCUCAGUAUGCGUGCUCUACGUCGGCGUACGGAUGGAUCGAGAGCUGGAAUGCCCGCUUAUGAAGGACUAAUUGGCUAUGGCUGGAUGGGGAGGA